AGAUUUAAAACUCUGGACUACUACUACUACUACUACUACUACUAAUCCAGAAAUGGUUAUUGCAUGCUAACUAUUGAACUGUUCUACAAUGUUACCAUAUAGUUACCUGCUAACUCAGACGAGGCUUCUAGGAUGUACAGUGUUAAGACAGUUGAACCUGAAGCAUCCAAGAGUUUUGAGUACAUGGUAUCUAAGUAGGUCUACCUCAACGCCAUCUGCAUCAAGAUGUUACAUUACUCCAGCAGUUAGGAAAAGCACCAUCAAUGUGAAUAAUUCUAGAUCAAUCCACACAUCACUAAGAUGUUCUACUUCUAAACAGGAUGAUGCAGUAAGUGGCAGUGUCUCUUUAGCAACGGUUUAUAAACUACGAUACCUUAAGGAAGCACCUUUACCAGCUUUGGUGUUUGGAGCAGCGACUCUGAUCCCGUUUGCAGCCGGUACAGCUUAUUCGAUCGUUCAUGGUGUGUAUAAUCAGGAUAUAUUAUUUGUGCAGAUGGCAGACGCUGCCAUUGUGCUAUCUUUUGUUGGUGCAGUUCGAUGGGGACUUGCGCUUCCCGAUGGAAGUGAUACUCGGCCAAACUGGUCUAAUCUCGGAUAUAGUAUUGCUCCAGCUGCCAUUGCACUGCUUGGUAUCAGUGUAGAACCAUCUGUUGGACUUCCAGUUUUGAUUACAGCCAUGGCAGGUUUUGCAAUUACUGAUAUUGCAAUGCCAGGCUAUCCAGCAUGGUACAAGUCUCUACGCUUCUACAUCACUUUGGGUAUAGUGAUUACAUUACUGGUGUCUCAUCGGUUUUAUACCCAACGUCCAGACAAGCAGGAGAGAUGUCAUGUACAGGAAAUAAAAAAAGCACUGACGAAUCAAAAAUGA